CCAGCUCAAACAGAGCCCUCAUUCUCUCCAGCCCUCCAUUAAAUGCUCACUGAGGACUGUGGCCAAUCCUUAAAAACAUCCAAUCCUGCACUUAUUCGGUGGUGGUGAGGGAGCGAAUCCCUGCCGGAGUGACUCCCGAGUUGGACCCUGAGAUGGAGGUGAGAGUGUUGUGCAUGCUGUUGUUUCUGGGCUGGACCCAACAAGCCCGAGCUCAGUUUCCCCGGGCAUGCUGCACAGUGGAGAGCAUCCAGUCCAAACGUUGCUGCCCUCCACUGGGAUCGAACCCGGCCGACGUGUGCGGAGUUCUAUCCGGCCGCGGGACCUGCAGCAACGUCCGAGUGGACACCAAGCCCUGGGGUGGGCCGUACAGCCUGAGGAACGUGGACGACCGGGAACGCUGGCCGACCAAGUUCUUCAACCAGACCUGCACAUGCUCGGGUAACUUUGGCGGCUAUAACUGCGGUGAGUGUAAAUUUGGAUGGACAGGGCCAAACUGUGACCAACGCAAGGCUCCAGUUGUGCGGAAGAACAUCCACUCACUGACCCCAGCUGAGCUGGAGGAGUUUCUAGAUGCUCUUGACCGAGCCAAAACAACCAUCCACCCGGACUACGUCAUUGCCACGGAGCACUGGCUUGGCCUGCUGGGGCCCAAUGGGACGGACCCUCAGUUCAACAACGUCUCCAUCUACGACUUCUUCGUCUGGCAGCACUACUACUCAGUGAGGGAUACGCUGUUAGGACCUGGCCGACCAUUCAAAGCCAUCGACUUUUCCCAUAAAGGGCCGGCCUUCAUCACCUGGCACAGGUACCACCUCCUGGGUCUGGAGAAAGACUUGCAGAAACUGACCGGUAAUGAGAACUUUGCAGUGCCGUAUUGGAACUUUGCCACAGGCCAAACUGAGUGUGACGUCUGCACAGACUCGCUGCUCGGGGGUCGUGACCCCUUUGACCCGACGCGUAUCAGCCCCCGCUCACGCUUCACCAGCUGGGAGGUGGUGUGCGACAGUCUGGAUGAGUAUAACCGGCGGGUCACUCUGUGUAACGGCACCAAAGAAGGUCCUCUACGCAGAGGAGGGUUGGAGAGAGGCAACACCAGUCUGCCCUCCAUGAAUGACGUCAGGAGCUGCCUGACCCUGCGGGACUUCGACAGUCCUCCUUACUUCACCAACUCCACCUUCAGCUUCAGGAAUGCGUUAGAGGGCUUCGAUAAACCAGAUGGUGAGAUAGACAACACAAUGACCAACCUCCACAACCUGGUCCACAUCUUCCUCAAUGGGACGAGUGGGCAGUCCCACUCAGCUGCUAAUGACCCCAUCUUUCUGGUUCUUCAUGCUUUCACAGACGCCAUAUUUGAAGAGUGGCUACGUCGUUUUAAUGGAAACGGAAGCUUCCCUGACGAGAUGGCCCCUAUCGGACAUAACCGACACUACAACAUGGUGCCUUUCUUUCCUCCUGUGACCAACGAGGAGAUCUACAUCUCCUCCAGCCAGCUUGGAUACUCCUACGCCAUCGACUUAGAAGACACAGAUCCAGGUUCCACCAUGUUCAUCCUGGGUGGUACGCUAGGUGGGAUUUUCCUCGGCCUCCUGCUGCUGCUGCUGCUCCUGGUUCUGUACCUUCAGCAGAGACGCAGGAGGGAGUUCGAGCCACUCAUUAAAGCCGAGUUCAUCAGCACCAAGUACACAGAGGCGUAACGAAGCUGCAACGAUAUCAGAACCUGUGGUUCUGCAGAUCAGAAGCAGAAUAAAGUCAGUGAGAUGUAGGAGUAGAUUUAGGAGAUUUGAUUUCAGUGAUUUAUUACACGCUUCUGAUUUGAACUGAAUGCAUAAUAUUAAUUAGAGUUAUAAGUGCAAUAAUGAGAACAACAAAAAUAAUAAUGAUAAUAAUAAACCAAUGAAAUAUCAGGUUUUUAUACAAGCAUUUUUCCAUGAAUGAUGUAUAAUUUAUAAUCCUGAUAAUGGAACAUGAUGAAGAUUUGUUGGCUUAGAUUGAAAUACAGUGAGUCUGUUUUGUAGAUGAUGGACUUUCGAGAGUUAUUGGAUAGAUAAUAAUUGUAUUAGCUGAUAUUUACAGUUAUUUUACUGUUUUAUCCCUAAAUUUGAGAACAUUUUCUAAAAGCAGUUACAGUCUUACCUUGCAAAAAAUUUCAUUGACAAGAAAGAGUCCAAAAAAAUCAAAGUAUAAACACCCAGCGUUCGCCGGUCCGCUCUCAGGGAAUCUGCUAUUGGGACAGUUUACCAGUAUCUGCUCAGCUUCUCAGCAGCUUUACGCUCCUCUUUAUGGUUCCAGGAAGUAUUUAAAUGACCUCAGCUCAGUGGUUCAGUCCUGCGUCAUACAUUAAACAAUAAGUGUGUAAAUUACAGUUCAAUACUAUGAAGCUGAACUUAGUGUGAAGCUCAGUUCAGUUUAAUAUUCAAAAUCUAUAUUCCGACUAAAGAUAAGCCUUUCUGACAGGCCUCCUCACACACACUGCAAACUGGGAAACAAACCCAUCAUUUCUGAAUUAUUUAUGUCGUCAAUCAGUAUUUUACCAUAAUCUCUGAUGUAAUUGCAGCAUUUCUGUUAAUAAACAUAUCAAAAUGGC